UACCAUUUCGGUGACUCAUCGGCGCAAAGCUGUGCAAGGGAUCGCAAAAUAAAUCAUCAAAAGAAAAAAACAGGAGAGAGAGAGAGAGAGAGAGAGAGAGAGAGAGAGAGAGAGAGAGAGAGAGAGAGAGAGAGAGAGAGAGAGAGAGAGAGAGAGAGAGAGAGAGAGAGAGGUGUGUUACAACAAAGCGCUAUAUUAAAGACAGGCGCAGAAAAAAAGUUACAGAGUGAGUCACUCGCGUAUCGACAGAAGGACCGACUGAACGCGUCUUGUUUUACCUCAGCCGGGAAGAAAUUUUUUCAUCUGGCGGAACUGAUACAAAAUACGAGGAGUGAAAGGGGAUAACAUACGUAUCCUCGCCCGACCAUUAUCCCUUACCCGGUCGUGUUCCCAGUGGAUCAUGUACCGCGAUUACUCCGGGAACUACGACACGUCCUCCCGAGGCAGCAGCGCAUCUCCGGCCCGGCCUGAGUCCUUCACCAGCGGCAGCUGUACCAUCGCCAGUCCCAUCUCUUCCUCCAGCUACCAGAAGUACCGUGUAGACAUGCCGGGCUCCAGCAGUGCCUUCAUCCCCACCAUCAACGCUAUCACCACCAGCCAGGAUCUGCAGUGGAUGGUCCAGCCCACAGUCAUCACAUCCAUGUCCAGCCCAUACGCCCGCUCUCACCCCUACACCUUGCCGGGCACCAGCCACCCUGGCUCCACUGCUCACAACGCCCUCGCCAGGCCAGGAGUCAUCCGCUCCAUCGGAGACACGAGGGGUCGUCGCAAGAGAGACGAGCAGCUGACUCCGGAAGAGGAGGAGAAGAGGAGGAUCCGAAGGGAACGCAACAAGCUGGCUGCUGCUAAGUGUCGCAACAGACGCAGGGAGCUGACCGAGCAGCUACAGGAUGAGACAGAGAUGCUGGAGGAGGAAAAGGCAGGUCUGCAGAAGGAGAUUGAGAGCCUCCAGAAAGAGAAGGACAAGCUGGAGUUCGUGCUGGUGGCCCACAAUCCUGUGUGCAAGCUGCCUCCCAACCAGCGCCACUCCCAGACCCAGCAGUCUGCCCCCCGAGAGGGAGCCCUAGCCCCGGUAGUGGUGAAGCAGGAGCCCCUGGAUGAAUCAGACAAGCUGGCCAGAUGCGCGUUAGACCACUCGCAGCGUUCUGUCAUCAAACCCAUCAGCCUGGGAGGAGGGAUGGGCUUGUACUUCUCUGAGGCAGACAGCCUCAACACUCCUGUCGUGGUGACGUCGACCCCCGCAGCCACCCCCAACGCAUCCAGCCUCAUCUUUACCUACCCCAGCAUGCUGGAACAAGAGAACCCUUCCUCCCCCUCCGAGUCCUGCUCCAAGGCCCAUCGCCGGAGCAGCAGCAGCGGGGACCAGUCCUCAGACUCCUUGAACUCUCCCACCCUGCUCGCACUCUAAACCAGGCCACUCAGGGGCGGGGAGCAAGAAAUGAUGAGAAUAAGGUGUUGCUUUGAACUGUUCCCCCCAGACUAGACCAAAACCAACUAUCUAUAAAUAAUUACAUGAAUAAUUAAAUAAGUUAAUGUUGUUGGCAUAGUCUCCUCCCAAAGCAAUUUGGUACAUCCAGACUUUUUUAAGAGACUUUUUAAGGGCUAUUGAUGAUGUUUUUUCCCUUCUUCAAAAAAGCUGAAAGCUGCUAUAACAGGGUCUGUUCCUUGUGUUCAGUAAAGAGGGUUGAACCAUACAGUUUCUUUAGCCUUCUGUGUUGAAGGGGUUUGCUAAACAUGUAAACCAUGUCAAUGCAAGACUGGAAGGUUGUUCAUAGUGUUUGUAAAUUUAAGUUUAAGUUAAGUACUACUAUAUACCUUGUAUGUUUCAAGGGAAGAUAAAAAAAGCUUUGCAGUAGUGAUUUUUUUGUACUACUCACUGCAUUCUUAUUGUUGAGGACAGAAAAUAAUUAAAUAGAUUAAUAAAUACAAUAAAAAAAGAAAACCAAAAAAAUGUAAAUAAAAAAAGCCCCUACUAAGUGGUUUAUUGCAAUGAUCCUUAAAAAUGCACUUACUUUUAUUCUUUUCAAAGUUUCAAGUUAGAACUUAUAUAUCUCAAGUUUUAUACAUAACAUAACUGAAGACAUGCAUCCUGUUUUAGGACAUUUGAGACACAAAGGAGUUGAAGUUUGGGGUUUAAGUUGCUGGAAUACGUUGGAGGACCUUUUCGACCUGAAAAAAGAAACAAGGACCAGGGGUCACAAAUGGAGAUUAGAUAAAAGGGCAUUCAGAACAGAAAAUAGGAGGCACUUUUUUUUUACACCCUGGGAUCCUUCAAGAAGCUGCUUGAUGAGAUUCUGGGAUCAACUACUAACAACCCAACGAGCAAGAUGGGCCAAAUGGCCUCCUCUCAUUUGUAACUUUUCUUAUGUUCUUAUGAAUACAAACUCUCCUUAAAGAUCUCGACUGAGUUUCAAACAUAGGGGUUGCAUACCUGUCAAUAACCCUGGGCUGGAAUAUUUAUAUAUUUAUAUGGCAUCUUUCCAUGAUCACAGCAGCAGAGACACAAGUGAAAAUCUGCUUGAGCAUUUGGAGACUCUUCUUGCUGCUGAUUUUCACUGAAGGAGGCUGUGGACUGUAGAAUAUCAAAUUCAUUCCUAACUAGCAUUUCUUUUGUUGUACUGACUUGUGUGAUUCUUAAAAAUGCAGUGCCCCUUUAGUUUUGUGCAUUUGAAGUUUGUCCCAUAUUUUACUCUUUAAUGCAUCCCUUGAGGUUUCCUACAGAAAAAAAAGCACAACACAGUUAAAUAAAGCACAGUGUAUGCAUGCUAAACAUAGGUAAGCAUGGUAAAGUUCAGAGAGGUAUGGUAAAGCAUAUUUAAAAAAAAUAUAUAUACAUGGUAAAUGCAUAUAAUAAUCAUGUAAAACCUGAAAAAGUAACAUGAAACACUUUCUGGCAGUUUGUUCAUAUAUCUAGGAAGGAUCUUGUGGAAUUAGGCAAAUUAUUUUCAGAUGGGUGCAACCAGGGAGGGGAACUAUAAAGAACCACUUUAGCAAAUACAGGGAAGAUCGGAUGGUUAAUGCUGACCUGCUGUUUGCACUGGCAAAGGGUACAAAGACUGAACUAAUCUACAACAUCGGAACCCAGGAGCACAGAGGGAGUGCCAGUAUAAUAAAGACAGAGUUACAAUAGCAAGAGCAUCAGUGUGUUCUGGAGGAGGGUUUUUUUUGCCCAAAUUACCGUUUUCCUGUUCUUAAGAUAAUUUAUCUUUAAAAUGGCACUGACACAGACCCACACAACAAAUGAAAUGCUUGCUGCUGUUGCUUAAAUUCUGGAAUUAAGUAUAUCCGAAAAUAUUGUGUCCAGACUUCGUUUAUAUUAGUGAUUUGUUGCAGAUGUUUUUUUCAGCUUUAAUAUGUUCUUUAGCCAUUUAUUAUUAACACAUUUUCUUUCAAAUGAUGACCUAUGUUGUUCCAUACAUGUGGACGUCUCUGUUUGUAGUAAUAUUUAGAUUCAACUGUGUGGAAUUCAGCAUGCAACUAGUGACCCCGCACACCACAAGUGAGCAUCUUAACCACAAUGCAAAAGAGCCGGGCUCGUCUGCAUUCGUGGUUAUAGAGCUUUUAACCUAAUCUCACCGAAAGGGGACAGCAUCUGUAAUGUAUCACACAGCACUUCCCUUUACACUCGCUUAGCAGUUAAAUCCUCAUCUCCUCUACUUGGAAUAAUUUGUAUACUAAAAAUUCAAUUGUCUGUCCUGAAUCAGCCGUAUGUGUGUAUAUAUAUAUAUAUAUAAAAAACAAUGUUUUUAAUAUGUUAAUAUCCUGUACACUGGGGAUCCAGUGUGCAAAAAAUAAUUUAACAGCCUGAAAGCAGUCAAGCCAGUACAUGAAAAAAGGAGCUGGCUGGUUUUAUACAGGAAUUACAUGGCUGCUCUUCCACUUUCUCCCAGCAGGUGUUGCUAUUUAGGCAAUGACAAAGGAGUAGUUCAGCAGGGCACCAAAGUGCAGAAAACCAGUGCCAAAGGCAUUUAAUGUUGUCAUUCUUUAAUUUUUUUUUUUUUUUUUUAUGCCUACAUGAAGAUUGCGUUGUUUAGUACAGUUGUUAAAUGGAUCCUGUGUUUGUAGAUUAAUUAUAUGAGUCUGUUUUAAGAUCCUUGGGUGACAACAAAUGAAAAACCUGUUCUUGUUUUUUUUUUUUUUUAAAUAAAUGUUGAAAA